AUGUCUAACGAAGGAGCUCUACCCGCCUUGGCCUCCGAUGCCGUUCUCAAAAAGUCUGUUGACGUCCCGGAACACUUUGUGAAAGUCCUGGGUGUCGACUACUCAGCAGACGCUGCCUACAACCUGACAGCCACAGACUUGAUCAAGUCAAUGAAGACGAUGGGCUUCCAAGCCUCAUCAGUAGCAAAUGCAUGCGACAUUAUCAAUGAAAUGGACCAAUGGCGUGGAAAGCAUAUUGACGAGUUGCCUGAGCACGAACGUACGGGUUCAUUUGAUGACGCAGGUGUACAGAAAGCCACCAUUUUCAUGGGAUUCACCUCGAACUUGAUCUCCUCUGGAUUGAGAGACACCCUCAGAUACUUGGUGCAGCACAAGAAGGUCAGCGCGAUUGUUGCCACUGCUGGUGGUAUCGAGGAAGAUUUAAUCAAGUGCUUGGCUCCAACUUAUAUGGGAGACUUCACACUUCCUGGUAAGUCAUUGAGAGACCAGGGUCUCAACAGAAUUGGAAACUUGUUGGUUCCAAACGAUAACUAUUGUAAAUUCGAGGAGUGGAUUGUCCCUAUUUUGGACCAGAUUCUCGAGGAGCAGCACCAGGCUGUGGUCAAGCUCGGAGCCGACGCUCUUGACGCUGACUCAGACGCAGUGUGGACUCCAUCUAGACUCAUCGACCGUUUUGGUAAGGAAAUUAACGAUGAGCUGUCUGUGCUCUAUUGGGCACACAAAAACAAAAUCCCCAUCUUUUGUCCUGCUCUCACCGAUGGUUCCAUUGGAGACAUGCUCUUCUUCCACACAUUCAAAGCCUCCCCACGCAGAUUCAACCUCGACAUUGUCAGCGACAUCCGCCGCAUUAAUUCCAUGUCAAUGGAGGCUUCUAAGGCUGGUAUGAUUAUUUUGGGUGGUGGUUUGAUCAAGCACCACAUCUGUAAUGCCUGUCUCAUGAGAAACGGUGCCGACUGGGCUGUUUUCAUCAACACCGGCCAGGAGUUUGAUGGCUCGGAUGCUGGUGCAAGACCAGACGAGGCUAUUUCCUGGGGUAAGAUCAAGGCUGAGGCUAAGAGUGUAAAGGUUUACGCUGAUGUCACUACGGUGUGGCCAUUGAUUGUGGCUGCCACAUUCGCUGCUGCCAGACCCCAGAACUAA